GCUACACAAAUUAAAGAAUGUGGUACGGUUCAACAAAGACUUGAUGCAGAAGUACCACCCCUGCUUCUGGGAGGAUGGCAUGUGGAAGUGUUGCCAGCAGGAGGUUAAGCAGGCCAUGGGUUGCAGAGUGCUGGAGACCAAAAAUGGAGGUGUGGAAAAACAAAGAGCAAAAAUAUAUUAGGGUUUACAUUUAUUUGGCAGCUACCCUUUCUUUAAGCAAUACAAUUAUUUAUUACAAGUAUGUGUGUUCUCUGGGAAUGGCAACAUAAUCUGAAUCAUUCUGCAGAAUUACUGUUAAGCGCAGUACCUCAUCACAUGCAUCAAGUUGUGAAUCUUGCUUCCUUCUGAUAGUGUGUUGCUCAAGCAAUUUCUGAGACAUGGGUUCUGGUCCUAUGGAAACAAGGAAGUAAUUGCGUACAGAAACACAUGGUUUGGAGGUUGGAUUUUCGCUCUAAAAGUAUUUUUACUUCACCGAUGGUUAGGUUGAGGUUUGUUUAGGGGUAGAGGUCAGCAACCUGACCUGCGUUAAUUUUAAGUAGGACUUCGGGUUUGGUUUGGGUUUGUAAUUAAGGAAAAAAUAAACAGGCCCACCUAACUUGUUUCGUGCUCUCACUCACAGAUACGCGCAUAUGAGUUAGGGGCCGUUCACACCGAACAUGUAUUUGCAUGCUCCUGCUCUGUUUUACCAUUGUUUUUCUAUGUAAACACAUGCUGGAUGAAUGUCUUUGACUGUUGCAUUGCAUCUUUUUGUUCAAAGUUAAAGUUCAAAGUUUGUUGAAAUUAAAAAGAACUUCAUGUUUCAAAAACGCAUGUCGAGACACCUGCAUUCUGUUUCAUUCAUUGUGCUGCUUCUAGAUUGUUUUUAGUGCAGGUGUCACAAAGAUUCAGCAUUCUGAAUAAGUUCAGGCUCCAAAGAGGUGACUUACAUUGUUAAACAUUAUUCCAGAUUGUUCUGUAACAAGCAAAGUUUCAGAGCAUAAACGGUAAGGCAGUGUUUUUUCCCCUCUACUCUAGUGUACUGAGGGGCUGCUGUGCCUUGUUAAAACUGUAUAUGUUUACUGUAACAAUAUGUUCAGGAAUCGUUCAGGCCACACAGUCUUGGGUAAGAGUGGGGUCGGUUUCAUGUUAAGGCCUGUGCAGACCUCUAGUUAAGGGAUUGGAUUAAUAAAAUACGCAUUCCUAUUGAAUGCAUUACAUUUACAACAAAAAAUACAACUCACUUUUGACACCGCCCUGUGGACGUUUCACCCAGAAACUGGUCAACAACACUUCCAGAUUCUACCACUGUGUUUCAAAUUUCGGGUUUCCGAGCAGAGGUUCCAGGAAGCGUGAUUCCAGGAAGCCUCUCCCACCAACACCACUCGAGGAGGAAAAGCCAUCCAGACCACUGCCCCCCCAGCCACCCAUGCCCACAGACUUCAGUGUGGGCAUGACUGUUAUAGCUGAAUAUGAGUACACACCAAUGGCUCCCCAUGACUUGGAGUUGAGAAAAGAUGAGGAGUACACACUUUUAGAAAUCAAUGAUUCCAACUGGUUUAAAGCUAAAGAUAAAUAUGGAAAUGAGGGCUACAUUCCAAGUAACUAUAUUGCUCAGGCAUUGAAUGGAUUGGAGAAACACAGCUGGUACUGCAAGAACAUCAACCGAAGUCAAGCAGAGAAUUUACUCAAAACAGAAAAUAAAGAUGGUGGUUUCUUGGUGAGAGACUCUGGAAGAUUCACUGGAAAAUACACUGUCUCUGUCUUCACCAAGGCUGGUGGGGAGAGUGUUGGCAGCUGCAGACACUACAACAUUUGCAUCACCACACAAGGCCAGUUCUAUCUAGCGGAGAAGCACAACUUUAGCAGUAUCCCAGAACUUAUUAAUUACCACCAGCACAAUGCAGCAGGUCUGGUGAGCAGACUAAAACACAUCGUGUCAAAUCGGGCUCAGUAUGCUCCAUCCACUGCUGGUCUGGGUUACGGCUGCUGGGAGAUAGAUCCUCGUCAACUAACAUUUAUCAGAGAACUUGGCAAUGGGCAGUUUGGUGUGGUAAAGUAUGGGAAGUGGCAAGGCCGUCAUAAUGUGGCAAUUAAAAUGGUCAAAGAGGGCUCAAUGUCUGAGGAUGACUUCAUUGAGGAGGCCAAGGUCAUGAUGAAACUCUGUCAUGAAAACCUGGUGCAGCUCUAUGGUGUUUGCACAAAACAAAGACCCAUCUACAUAGUCACAGAAUAUCUGGCAAAUGGAUGUCUACUGGACUACUUAAGGGACGGCUUGCAGCACCCCUCUAGCAUUCUGCUCCUUGAAAUGUGUAAAGAUGUCAGCGAGGGCAUGGCCUACUUAGAGGCCAAUCAGUACAUUCACAGAGACCUGGCUGCUAGGAACUGUUUAGUAGAUUCAAAUGGAACCAUUAAAGUGACUGAUUUUGGAUUGUCAAGGUAUGUCCUGGAUGAUGAAUACACCAGCUCUGUUGGCUCAAAGUUCCCAGUGCGCUGGUCACCUCCUGAAGUCCUCCUUUUCUGCAAGUUCAGCAGCAAGUCAGAUAUCUGGGCAUUUGGUGUUUUGAUGUGGGAGGUGUACACUCUUGGCAGAAUGCCAUAUGAUCGGUGGAACAAUACAGAGAUAGUGGAGAAAGUAUCUGCAGGUCACCGACUUUAUCGCCCACAAAUGGCCAAUGACAAAGUUUAUUCCAUAAUGACCAGCUGUUGGCAUGAGAAACCAGAUGAACGACCCACGUUCCAGGAUCUUGUCAUGGUCAUCAAGGAUUUGCUCUUCAUCAUGUAAUAGAUAAUGACCAAAGACAACUACCGUGGAUCAUUGGACAUUUAGGAUACAAUCCAUGUGUAUUGGGACAGCAAGAAUCAUAUAAAAGUUUUCUUGAAAAUCCUCAGUUAAAUUCCUUCUAUUAACGAACCCAAUAAUGUGAAUGUUACUUCUUUAAUAAUUUGGCUUGAAUUUAAAAUGUUGCAUUCUUUGUUUUGAGCCAAGGAAAAUGGUGAUUUGAAUGAAACUGAUCAUUUAACAUUUCAGAAGCUAUGCUUUAUUUAUAAAAUUAACCUCUGCAAGUUUCAUAUCCAAAUCAAAAGCUACUCUUUACUAUUAUUAUGUUUACAAUAAUGAAUAAUAACCAGCUACAACAAUUAUAAUAGCAAUAAGAAAUUCUGGAUUGUAUGCAUUUCAUGUACAUAUUGACUGUGUAUUGAAUUUAAUUGUUGAUUUGACUGAGACUUGAUAUUAAGAAAACAAUGAGUAAACUUGAGUAAAACCAUUGUAACAAAGAACCACCUAGAAGAUAUCUUCCAGUCUUAGUGUGUAAAUAUUUCUUUAAUAUCACAUCCUCUCCUGUGGUUGAAUUCUUAUGCAUAUUUAAUUAAAGACAAGGCUUUUUAUGUUGCUGUGUAAUUAAUAAAAUGAGAGUGGUUUCAAGUA